AAUUUUGUAAAAUAAUUAAAGAAGAAUAUCAAGAUUUUGAUAUUGAUAAUAGUAUAAAAAUAUUAUUAAACGACAGCAACUAUCAAUUAACAUGGAUUUCAUAUAAUAAAUUUAAAAAUAUUAAAAAAAUAGGAAGUGGUGGCAUUGCAACUGUAUAUAGUGCAUCGUGGAGGACAACAACAACUUCAUUUGCUAAGUCAAUACAAAGUGCUCCUA